AUGGCCACGUCUCCUUCCAGCCCUCCUUCCUUGCAACCCGUCACCCACCUCAUCUUUGACAUGGACGGCCUGCUGUUGGACACCGAGCGCCUUUACACCGUGGCGUACCAAGAGAUCUGCCAGCGCUUUGGCAAGACCUACACCUGGGACGUGAAAUCUUUAGCCAUGGGCAAGAAGGCCCUGGAGGGAGCAGAGAUCAUCCGGGACACCCUGGAUCUCCCGAUCACCAAAGAAGAGCUAUUGCACGAGAGCAGGAUCCUGCAAGAGAAAUUAUUCCCCGCCGCCAACUUGAUGCCGGGUGUUGCCAAACUGAUCCACCACCUGCAUCGGCACCAGAUCCCCAUCGCGGUGGCCACCAGCUCCUCCCGAGAGAGCUUCGACACCAAAUCCACUCGCCACAAGGACUUCUUUGGUUUGUUUCAUCACAUCGUCUUGGGGGACGACCCGGAAGUGAAGGGCGGCAAGCCGCAGCCGGACAUCUUUUUGGUCUGUGCCCGGAGGUUUGACCCGCCGCCCCCGCUGGAAAAGUGCCUUGUCUUUGAGGAUGCCCCUAAUGGGGUGCAAGCAGCACUGAGAGCCGGCAUGCAGGUAGUCAUGAUUCCCGACGAAAACCUGAACAAGGAUCUCACCAAGGGAGCCACCCUGCUGCUCCAGUCGAUGGAAGAUUUCAGGCCUGAACUGUUUGGCUUACCACCGUUUGACUAG